GCCUUCACUUCACUUUCCUUUUCCUCACAAAAAUAAUGCCGCUUCGAGAUAAGUGCGCAUUGAGAGCUCAUAUCGGCCGCGAAAGGGGUGUUCUCAAGCACCCUUCUGAAACCUAAAAUGACAAACGGGACAGCCUACUGUCUUUUGGACUUAACACACACGCGCCAUUUGGGGCAGGGAAAAUGAUUUCCUUCCAGAGACUGAUGCCAUCUAGUGGCAACAUAAUAUCCACACUAUACACUCAACCACUCACAUAGUAAUCUAGUUAUGGAAGCCUGUUUCCGCCACGGAAUAAAAAAUAUAAGAGUUUAUAUCUCACAAUUCUAAGAAUAAAGUCAAAAUUGCGAGUUAUAAACUCCCAGGAUGCGAGAAAAAAGUGUAAGAGAAAAUUAUCUUUUUAUUUUUUUAUUUCAUGGCGGAAACAAGCUGCUUUAUAGGCCUAAUUCCAUUAUACCUUGCCACCAAUAGGCUACUGGCUGGAGUAAAAAGUGUGACAACUAGCUCCAAUUGCACAUGUAUUAAGUAGGCCUAAUAAUAUGUGAUUGACAUAGGAGUGUAUAAAAAUAGUAACUAUUGUCAUACGAGUGCAUAAAAUUGAUAAUGGAAGUAUGUGGGAAAAUGACAUUCUGAAACUCAGAUGAAAACCAUUAAAGAAGUAUGCAGGUGAGCGGGGUGUGUACUAAAAAACACUGGCAGCAGGCUAUAGAAAACAAGGUUGUGCCAGAGGUUAAAUAAACGUACGGUCCCUUUGAAUGCUUUACAUGUCAUUAGACAGUUCUCAGUAAAGGAAACAGACAAGAACCUGAGGAUGACAUUGCGUCAAGCUGUGUGUGUUGCAGGAGUCAUACUUCUCAACGUAAUAGGCUCACUCUGUCAGUUAGACGUGUGUGGUCAAGCUCCCCUCAACACUAAGAUUGUCGGAGGACAAAAUGCAGAUACGGGGUCUUGGCCCUGGCAAGCAAGCCUUCAUCGAAUUUCAUCUGGAAGUCAUUUCUGUGGCGGCAGUCUAAUCAACAAAGACUGGGUUUUGUCUGCAGCUCACUGCUUCCAGAGCACCACCGCGUCUAAUAUAAAAAUCUACCUGGGACGCCAGCAACAAUCGGGCUCAAACCCUAAUGAGAUCUCCAGGACAGUGACUCAGGUCAUCACCCAUCCAAGCUAUAGCACAACUACCCAAAACAAUGACAUAGCCCUGCUCCGGCUCUCCUCUUCUGUGACGUUCACUAAUUAUAUUAGGCCUGUUUGUCUGGCGGCUGCUGGUAGUGUAUUUGGUGGAGGUACUAAGAGUUGGAUCACUGGAUGGGGUAAACUCAAUUUUGCAGACACAUCUCUUCCAAGCACACUGCAAGAGGUGCAGAUACCAGUUGUGAGCAACAGUGAUUGUAAAACAGCCUAUGGAAGCGUCAUUACAAGCAACAUGCUGUGCGCUGGAGUAAAUGAGGGUGGGAAAGACUCGUGUCAGGGAGACUCUGGAGGUCCAAUGGUCAAUAAGAAUGACUCCCUGUGGAUUCAGUCUGGUAUUGUGAGUUUUGGUCGAGACUGUGGACUACCCAAGUUUCCUGGCGUGUACACCAGAGUGUCUGAAUACCAGUCUUGGAUCAGCUCUCAGAUAAGCAGCAACCAGCCUGGAUUUGUCUCAUUCAAUUCCCUUGAAUCCAGCUCAGGCUCACCCAGUCUCCUCUUAUUUUCCCUUUCUCUCACAUCGUCCAUCAUUCCUCUGAUUUUCUCCUUCUAUCUGUUUUCUUAAAGACAGAGUCAUAAUUCUCACGUUUUGCUGAUUACAAGAUUUUGGUUGAGCUUAAAAUUAUAAACUUGUACAGUGUCUAUAUAUUCAUCAGUGAAUCCUGAAAAAAAAUCUCAUUUUCCACAAUAAUAUUAAGCAGCACGACUGUUUUCAGUAUUGAUAGUAAUAAUAAAUGUUUCUUGAGCACCAAAUCAUCAUAUUAGAAUGAUUUCUGAAGGAUCAUGUGACACUGAAGACUGGAGUAAUGAUGCUGAAAAUUCAGCUUUACCAUCACAGAAACAAUUAUUUUAAAUAAAAUAAACGUUUUAAAACAAUCUUACUGAUACCAAACUUUUGAACAGCAGUGUAUAAACUACACUUUACUGUGAAUGACUAGAUAACCUUAAUUAACAUGAAGCAAUACAAAUGCACUGAAGCCACUUCUGUAUCUAAAUAAAGUUUUGAAGAACUGUGUGCAAUAAA